UGUCAUUCAGCUGCACAGCUUAGUUUUGAGGCUCUUGAAAUCGGGUUAGUAAUUGAAGGUAUGGCAAUUUCUAGAUACAUGCCCAAGUGCUAUUUCUUGAAUCAUUCUUCUGAGCAGAUUAUUAUACCGUUGCCUUCGCUUAGCGCCUUCGAAAGAACAUCUAUUGUCAAUUAUGAAGACGAUCCAUCAACAACUGUGCGCCGAAAAGAAUGCCAACAGAGACGUAUCUUUCGGAUUGGCGCGGUGCAUGAUUGUCGGAGGCCGAGAUGUUACAGAGACUUAUACUGGGCAUACAACAGGGUGGGAGUGUGGCAGAGACAAUAUACAAUUGCUGCUGUGAACCAAAAUGCACUUAAGGCAUAUCAGCUUAGACAGAGCUUAUAUUUAUUAUGGAACGUUUACACUCGAGGUUAUUUGCACUUUACCCGCCUCUUUGCGAUUGUUACUAUUUUUCAGUAUCGCAUGCGUUAUUCAGAUUGCUACACCAUCUGUAGUGCCGCGUUGUUUGUUCUCCAUGAUUACGAAUGUGUUACCUAUGGCUUCUAUCCUCAAGCACCUCCCGCAUAUCACUUAAACAGAUGUUGCAACGUGUCGCUUAUCGAGUCACCGUAUCUCACCCAGUUCGACUCGAUAAUCGUAUUAACCUAUUCACGUGGUGUAAUAGCCUUUCUGGUUUCUGCAAGGCUCAAAUGUAUUUGGUCAAUCGCCUGCCAACAUAGGUAGUCUGCAUACAGAUGUCACCGACUCUCUCAUGUUUAUUCGUAUCUUCCCACACCAAAGCUUAUAUAAACCUAUUAGCAACAGAGGUAGAAUAC